GGUAGCUGCCGCGUUGGAAAGAUGGCGGAGGAAGAACCAAGAAGAAAGAUCCCUUUGGUUCCAGAGAAUCUCCUGAAAAAGAGGAAGGCUUAUCAGGCCCUCAAAGCCACCCAGGCAAAACAGGCGCUUUUGCAAAGGAAGGAGAGGAAAGGAAAACAAGUCAAGUUUAAGCGACUAGAAUGGUUUGUACAUGAUUCCUGGCGGCAACUUCGGGACAGAGUGCGACUCAGACGGCUAAAAGUGAAACCUCAUGCCUUGGAAGUGCCAGACAAACAUUCCUUGGCCUUUGUUGUACGCAUUGAAAGGAUUAAUGGGGUGAGUUCAGUGGUGCAAAGGACCAUUGCCAGACUUCGCCUGAAUAAGAUUUUCAGUGGUGUCUUUGUGAAAGUGACCCCUAAAACCAUAAAGACGCUUCGUAUCGUGGAACCUUAUGUGACCUGGGGAUUUCCAAAUCUGAAGUCUGUUCGGGAACUCAUCUUGAAACGUGGACAAGCGAAGGUCAAGAACAAAGUCAUUCCUCUGACAGACAACACAGUUAUUGAGGAGCACCUGGGAAAGUUUGAUGUCAUUUGCUUGGAAGACCUCAUUCACGAAACUGCCUUCCCGGGGAAGAAUUUCCAGGCAAUCUCAAGGUUCCUGCGCCCUUUCCAACUCUCAGUGGCCCGUCACGCUACGAAGAACAGAGUGGGCUUCCUCAAGGAAGUGGGCUCGCCGGGCUAUCGAGGUGAACGCAUCAAUCAGCUCAUCCGGCAGCUGAACUGAACCCAGCAUACCUGAAAACAGUGCACUGGAAGCAUGUGUUUUUGUUUUAUGGAAUUGUCGCUCAGUAUCUUCAAGGAAGAUUGUUUUCUGCUAGAAUAUAUCUUCAGAAACUGGAGGAAAGGGUCAGGGGAAACAUGGUGAUGUUCACAGCAGGCACUUCCACCUCAGUUCCAAGGAAAAGUUCCUGUCUGUUUUCUGUGAUGACCACCGUCCACCUCUGAAACCACCAAAGGACUGAUGCCAUGAAGGAGAAGUCCUCUUUUAUCACGUCUAUCCUGGGCUUUACUGUUGGUGAAUGGACACUUAGCUAUGAAUACAAGACAGCAGUGGACCAAGCCCAGGAGCAUGUUGAACCUGGGGUUUCCUGGGGCCUUGUUUUUGGAAGAACUUGAAGUUAGAAUUAAAUUAGAACUUGAAAUUAAAAUGUAAAA